AUGGCAUUGGAAAAUAUAUCAACAAUUAAAGAAUAUCAUCAUGGUAACGGUAAUCUACAAGGUGGAGGAAUACAAAAGAUUCCACGAUCUGGACCAUCGUUAAAAGUCUAUAAGGACAAACUAGAUCAUCGUCUGGGCUACUGCAUUCCAGCCUGUUUGCUCACCAUAACUACAAUAUUGGUUAUUUUUGGUUUCUUUCAUCAAGGAGUCCAUGAUGAACUGUCCAACUAUAUCAGUAAAAUACGAACCAAACUAAUUGAAGCACUUCCACCGGUUCCACCAACAACAAUUCGGACACCACUGGAGCGUUCAGAUGUGUACAUAGAAAAUGAAAUUGAAAAUGCUACUGUUCAGUCGUUAACCGAAAACGAUCAAAUAGAAGCAACAGCAACAUCAGAUCCAGAACCAUGUAUUGGAAAACGGAAUGUUGAUGUAUCACGAUGUCUGACACCACAAGAGUUACUAGAAGACUGGAAUUUGCUACAUCGUGUACGCCUAUCCGUCCUAUACUAUACACUAAAAAAACUUAAUGUUAUCAUUGUAAAUUUUACCAAGUUUACAAAUUGCAGAGACCCAGAAUUCCUAGAACACAUCGAAUCACAGUACGCCUGUAAGUUCCAGUAUAACGAGGAAUUGGUCAAACUACACCUACAACAACCAUGUCUACCAAGACUAAUGGACUCACUUCUACCACCUUAUGCAGUUCUCCUGCUCAUUAUCAUAGACCUAAUACCGUUGUCGUUCGCUGUGUUUACCUACUUGUGGGAUGCUUGGAUUAAAGACACUUUCCUGUGCCAUGAAGCCAGAAGACGGAUAGAACUAAAGAACAACAACAGGUAUGUAACAACAACAGCUAAAACCCCGUGAAA